CUAAUUAUUUUGUUUCUCACCAGUACAGCAGCUAAGCGUCCCAGUGGGAAUUCUCCUGAGUCUCCCGAUUUCCCACUCCAGGCCUGCUUGUUGUGAUCAUUCCACCAUCACCUGUGGUGGAUUAUUUCGGCAUCAAGAUGAAGUAGGUUUUCACUCAUUGAUUUCCACCAGGGGGCAGUAUGACGCUUGAGAUCAGGCAUAAUGAGAGAGACAAAAAGAGAGAGAGAGCUAGGAGGUGGGGAAUACAAGCCAGUGCAUGCAGAGUUGGUGAAAGAAGAGGGAGGGAGAGCAGUACUAAGGAUGUGACUGGGAGACCCAGGAGCAGGACAGAGAGAUCUUGUGGGAGACAUUGAGAGAAGUUUGGAAACGGCAGGGAAACACCAAGGAUUAGGUGACCUUCAGGCAAGCAUGAGGAACCUUAUAGUCGCCAUCUGCCUCCUUUCAGCUGGAUGCUGGGUGGUGUCAGGUGUGGUCAGAGUGUCUGGAUAUGAAGGACAAAGGGUCACAAUCAGAUGUUCUCACGGUAAUGCAGGAAGCAACAGCAAGUAUUUCUGUUUGGGGCACUGCUCUUCUAAAGACAUUCUCGUUAAGACUGUUGAAGGUCAUAUAUACCAGCAGAAGGGGAGAUUCUCCCUGUAUGAUAAUAGAUCAGGAACCUUCACUGUAACCAUCACUGGACUGAGGAAGACCGACACUGGGAGAUACUGGUGUGGAGUAGAGCGAACAGGCGCUGACACCUACACAGAGGUGCACCUCAGAGUGACAGAAGCCUCCUCUAGAGCCUCCAGUGCCCCCCAGCUGCCAUCGCGUGUCCCUGCCACCUCUGCGCACCCCCAGGAUGGAGCAGACCCCCCCGGCACUUCUGGGCCUCUUCCCCAGCACUCGUCAGGUGUUCCCAGGCAGUUCCAAGGUCAUAGUACUACAGAGACAAUGAUGGCCGUCCAGAAUGCUGUUAAAUUUACACAUUAUGUGACCUUCAUCACUGCGGCAGUGAGCAGCACCGCACUGCUGUUUGCACUGUCUGUGCUGAUAAUCUACAAGCAGAGGAAGGGCGUCUCAAAAAAUUCACCAGAAGCUACCUUCACAAGCACUGUCAACACCGAAUAUGGAGUCUCAAGAAACAGCAUAAGGGCUGAGCAGAACAACGGGAUGUCUGUGAACGAGCCUGAUGCAGAUACCUUCCUCACUUCUGACUUAAGUUCCCUAGAAAACAAUCACAUCUAUUCAAACAUUCAAUGCAAUCCCCUUCAAACUGAUUCCAUCUACCUAAACAUCAACCCCCUAAAUCCACUUUUUACACACUAAAAUUUAUGCAGCAGUUAUCAACCCGUUACUGAUUUGUUCAUUUUUGCAAAUGAACCAAGUAAUGUUGAGUAAACAAAUUUCAAGACUUAAGAGUUCUUUGUUGUCAACACAUCCGUGUACAGCCCCAAAUCAGGAAAA